AUGGCGAAGAAGUCCAAGGUGUUAAGCAAAAACAAGGGCGUCAAAAGCGGCACAAAGGGGAAGCCGAAAGACUUUGCCAAAGUGAAGAACAAGGUUGGCAAGCAAAAGCAGAAACCUACAAAUGAAAUGAAGACGGAUGUCAAGGUGAAAAAGGUCCAGAUGCCUGCGCAGCACGCGCUUGACGAGAAGGGGGAGGAAGUCACCCACCGGAGGCUUGGAAUGGUCGAGUUGUUGGGCCAGCUGCAACACCACAGUCCCAAGGUCCGCCGUGAUGCGUUGCGAGGUUUGCUGGAGCUCUGCCGAGAGCACCCAGGGGUAUUGAAUGUCAACCUUGCACGGAUCCUGGACUCAACCGUGGUUGUGGCAACAGACGGCAGCCCCGACGUCCGGGCCGCCCUCCGAAGCUUCCAGGCGUUUCUUUUGGAGGCGAUGCCACAGGAUGCAGUGUCCGCCUUUGCUCCGACUUUGGCGCUGCAGGUUCGCAGCGCUUUGUCCCAUGUGAGUGGCGAGGUUCGCGAAGAUGGCCUCAAGCUGCUGGAACUCUAUUUGUCCCGCCUUGGGAGCGAGCAGGUUCUGAGCCAGAAUGAGGCGAGCCGCUUGGUUGGAACGUUAUGCCAGCUGCACUCUCACGUGGAUUUGGUGUUGCCGUGCCUGCUUCAACUGCUCCAAUGCAAAAGUGAGGCUGUGCCAGAGAACGUGUCUCAGGCCUCCUUGUAUGACAUUUUGGAUGGCAAGCUGCAGCAGCAAGGUCAAGCAGAGGUGCAAGCUGACUCGCAGAUUUGGGACUUCUGCCUGCGAGCCUGGAUGCAGGCGGGUGAGCUCCCACGUGGGGCUGCAAAUGCCAUCCGUGGUCCGCACGGCACUCUGGGCAGGCCUGGCUGGAUGCGGCUGCGAGCGGCGGCUGUCCUGGAGCAAGCCUCUGCAGGAGUGCUGGCAGGGCAUAGGUCCGCGCGGUCUUUUUCUCAGCCCUCGGCUUCGCAGGUCGCAACGUUGAGUGGCAUAGUUCGACGUGCUGAGUGGCCUAUCCAGGUUGACCCGGCCAGCCCGUUUCGGCAGCUUGCUGACUCCAUCAACUUGCGCAUGGCGCGCGUCUUCGCUUUGCUGGCAGCAGGCGCGGCGCCGGCAGAUGCCUCGCCCACGCAUUUGCAACGACUUGCGUCUGCAGCGCUCACUGCGGUGGAGCAGCUUGGCAAAGGUGGCGCAAGGUCCCUCGCCAACAACGGCCGAGGGCUAGGGCCAGAAGCGGCCGCCAGCGCUGUGGCAUCUAUUGCUCUUGCAGAGGACUCUCAGGUGAAGCCGUUUUCGGCCACCGCCAGUUUGUGCCAUUGCUUUCGUGUGCUAGAUCAUUUGUGGUGCGGCUUUUCCUCAUUUCAGAGCCUGGAUGCAGAUGUGGGGCGUUUGGCAGAGGUCACAUCAGCACUAUCAUCCGGCACAGGGAAGAAUGAGGAGGAGCUUGCCCCCACCACGGCCGCAAUGCUUGCCAUACCGCUGACCGCAUCAUUGAUAGGUCUACAGCCAGAGCCCAUCCCUUGCUUGGGCCGGGUGUGGCCGGAGGCCUUGAGUCGAAGGGAAGGCCUGGCCACCACCAUCGAGGAGGCGCGUCCUGGCACCGUGCUGCGUUGGGCAACCACCUGGCCAAAGAUGCUGUGGUACUUGGGCUCUUCGCAGCCCCAGCUGACCGGCUUCCUGUUGGCGGUGCUUUUGAAGUUGGCGAAGGCUGCGAAGCCGGGCAGUAUACAUGAGACACUUUUGGCAAGCACAUUGCCGCUGUUAGUGCCGUUUGUCGCCGGAAUGCCAGGUGAGGAGAAGCCGCCGCCACUGGCAAGGCUGCCUGCAGAUGUGCAGCUUUCAGCAGCAGCACUGCUGUUGCACUUCCCCCGUUUCACGUUUCGCCUUGUCACGGCUGUGGCUGAGUUGCUGUGCCGCUGGUCAGAGGCGGCAGCAGACAAUGCUGCAUGGCCAGACGCGCGUUUGAGCACAGACUGUUGUGAGCUGCUGCUGGAGGCAGUCCUUCGGGGACACCCGCAGACCUCCGAGCUUUUGGUGUCCAGGCUGCGUGCUGCCCUUGCUAUCCUCAAGGCGCCGAGUUCAAGCUCCGGCAGCGACGCUGGCAGUGAGCUGUCCGUGAAACUGGCCACGGCCGUUGCUGGCUGGGUGAUGGAGGUUAGCGAAACCUCGGCAAGUGAGGAGCGCAGCCUGGGCCGGCCAGUGUCAAGGUGCAGCGCGGAUCAUCGCAGGCAUCUUGCCUUCCGAAGCCUGGCCUGGCCCCUCUGCAAGGAGGUGUGCUGCGCUGGAGCAAGAGCUUUGUGCUUCUUCUACUUUUCUGCCAGGCACCUGCCGGAGGCCAGAGACGCUGAACCGGAAGGAACUCUUUUUAUGCGAGAGGUGUUUGAGACAUUGGUUGUCAGUCAUGGUCAGGAAGUGUUCAAGCCCAAAGGACUUUCAGUUCCUGGCUGCAAGCCUUUGCGUGGUGAAGGUGCGGACCAGAGGCACUUGCCGCACCUCUUCGUGUUUGCUUGGAUGCGCGCCUAUCCCCAGCAGGCGGCCUAUGAACUGCUGGCGCCGUGUGCCCAGCAGCUGCUGGGAUCCAAAGGUGCCCAUUUGGCCCAUUUGCCUUGGGUGCUGGCUGAAGCGAUUUCAUACCGCAAUGCCUGCAGCAUACGGACAGACAGCUGGGGCAAGCAAGGCCUGGGAGACUUCACACACAGGCUGGCACCGGCGUCGCCCAUGGAGGUGCGCAAGCAGCUUGAGGCGCUCCACAUCGAUGCGCUCUCGGCUCAACACUUUUUGGCGGCCCUACCGCUGCUGUAG